AUGCACAGGACAAGGCUUAUUGAAAAGACUUGUGAAAUAAUUUUCCUAGUCAAUUGGCGUAUCAAUUGGUUCCAAAUAUUUUUAUAUGCUGUGAAGAAGUGGGAGUUACAACUUGCGAAGAAAAUAAUGGGAGGUUUUGAUGACGUGAGAGUGAGGGGUUUGAGGGUGUCUGAGGUUUAUGUUUUGUUUUGUGGUCUAACAGUGCUUCGUCUCCCAGCCACUGGGAGCCAUGAAGCUUGUCCACACUUAUUUGAUUGUGGAAAUCUUGGGACGAUUGGAUUCCCUUUUACCACAAUAGAACGCAAGGAGUGUGGUGCUUUAGCAAUCUAUGGUUGUGAUGAUAGUAACCAAACAGCAGAGAAGCAUGUGCGGUUGAACAAUGGAGGAAAACGGUUCCAAGUUACAAAAGUUGAGCAGAGGUGGAGGUGGUGGUAUAGUAUUUCUAUUAUUGACCAUGAUUUCAGGGAGGUUUUGCAAAAUGCUAGUUGUAAUUGUAAGGCCUUCAGCUAUAAUAUUACUCUCCCUCCCCACUCUUCUUUUGGUUCAUUUUAUAUAGAAAAAAAUAUAACCGCAUUCCAAUGCAACAAAAGUAAAACCCUUAAAAUGAUCCCUUCAAAUUUCUUCAAAAAUAAAACCUGUUCUGAAUUUGAUAUUUACUUCGGCCCUUCAAACUCUGACGAUGCCUCCCUGCAUUCUUUAGUGUCCACAUGUUCAACGCAUUACUUUCCGGUUGGUGAAGGUUUUGUGUUAUCAGGAAACCCAUGGCCAUAUUUUACUCCUAAAUUUACCAUUCAAUUCUCCCCUUCAGAUUAUUGUAACCGGUGCCACCACAGUGCUGGCCAUUGCCAACUUGACAACAAGAGUAAAGUUUAUUGUGCCACAAGGAGGAGGAGUGGAACUUGGAAACUAGGAUUGGGGCUAGGUGACGUACAGACACACUUUACAGGGCUCGGAAUUGGAGCAUCGAUGGUAUUUGGAUUGAUCCUCUUAUGGCGUUGCAAACGAAAACAUGGUCGUGGUCGUGCACAAGGCCAAUUACAUUCCACAAACGCUUAUGCUGAUCCCCACUCAGAGACGGAGAGGAUCUUCUUUGGGGUACCCGUCUUCUCUUAUAAGGACCUUCAAGAAGCAACCAACAAUUUUGACCUCACUAGAAAGCUUGGAGAUGGAGGCUUUGGCACUGUUUACUAUGGGAAACUCGGAGAUGGAAGGGAAGUUGCAAUCAAACACCUAUUUGAGCACAAUUACAGGAGAGUGGAACAAUUUAUGAAUGAAAUUGAGAUCCUCACUCGCUUGCGCCAUAAAAAUCUCGUGUCCCUCUAUGGCUGCACUUCACGUCACAGCCAUGAGCUAUUGCUUGUAUAUGAAUACAUUCCAAAUGGCACAGUUGCUAGCCAUCUCCACGGUAAUUUAUCAAGGGUUGGUGUGUUGACAUGGCCUAUUCGAAUGCAAAUUGCCAUUGACACUGCUACUGCAUUGGCCUAUCUCCAUGCUUCUAACAUCAUUCACCGUGAUGUCAAAACCAACAACAUUCUGCUUGACAUCAAUUUUUCAGUUAAAGUAGCAGACUUUGGGCUUUCAAGAUUGCUCCCCAACGAUGCCACCCAUGUCUCCACAGCUCCACAAGGGUCUCCGGGGUAUCUUGACCCUGAAUAUUUCCAAUGCUACCAGCUCACAGACAAGAGUGACGUGUAUAGCUUUGGGGUUGUUCUUAUUGAGCUUAUAUCAUCUAUGCCUGCAGUUGAUGCAGCCAGGGAAAGGGAUGAAGUUAAAUUGGCAAAUCUAGCUUCAAAGAAGAUUCAAAAAGGGAAACUUUGUGAGCUGGUAGACCCAUCCCUUGGUUUUGAGUUGGACCAUCAAGUUACAAGGAUGCUAACUUCAGUGGCAGAACUGGCUAUUCAGUGUGUGCAAGGGGACAGGGAAUUGAGGCCUUCUAUGGAUGAAGUUGUGGAGGCACUUCAGAAAUUUGGAAGUGGGAAAUAUGAGCGUGAGGAUCUAGUGCUAAGAGAUGAAAGUGCUGGGAUCUCUUCUGGUGAAGAAGUGCAUCUACCAUCAUCAGCCUCACAGGACUCAGGUCAAGUUGGAUAUUUCAUGAACCAAAAGCUACCAGCUUCACCCAAGUCCUUGACUGAGAAAUGGGAAUGUGAAUCUACUACGCCUAGUUCAAGGGGUUAA